AUGCCGGCAGCUGCUGGCGACGGGCUUCUGAGCGAGCCCCCGGCAGCGAGCUUCGGCGACAGCGGCGGCGAGCCCACGACGCCGCCUGCCCUUGGCCCGGAGGGGACUUUCCUGGCGGCCUGGGUCAACGCGGCGGCGUCCCGAGAGCGCCUUCGCGAAUUCCAGCACAUCAAGCGCGUCGGCAACUACCUGAUCGGCAGGAAGCUGGGCGAGGGCUCCUUCGCCAAAGUGCGCGAGGGGAUGCACGUCGUGACCGGAGAAAAGGUGGCAGUGAAAGUUAUUGAUAAGAAAAGAGCCAAAAAGGACACCUAUGUCACCAAGAAUCUGAGGCGAGAGGGACAGAUCCAACAAAUGAUCCGGCAUCCUAACAUUGCUCAGCUGUUGGAUAUCUUGGAAACAGAAAACAGUUACUACCUUGUCAUGGAGCUAUGCACUGGAGGCAACUUAAUGCACAAGAUCUAUGAGAAAAAAAGAUUAGAAGAGCAUGAAGCACGCAAAUAUAUUUGGCAGCUAAUUUUAGCAGUGGAACAUCUACAUCGUGCUGGGGUGGUUCACAGAGACUUGAAGAUAGAAAAUCUCUUGCUAGAUGAAGACAACAAUAUCAAGCUUAUUGACUUUGGCUUGAGCAACUGUGCAAGUAUCUUGGGUUACUCUGAUCCUUUCAGCACGCAAUGUGGCAGUCCAGCCUACGCAGCACCAGAGCUUCUUGCAAGAAAAAAAUAUGGUCCCAAAAUAGACGUUUGGUCCAUUGGUGUGAAUAUGUAUGCAAUGCUGACUGGAACUCUGCCAUUUACUGUGGAACCAUUCAGUCUGAGAGCUUUGUAUCAGAAAAUGAUUGACAAAGAAAUGAAUCCCCUCCCCACUCAGCUCUCCACAGCAGCUAUAAACUUCCUACGAUCACUGCUAGAGCCAGAUCCUGCAAAGAGGCCAAACAUCCAACAAGCUCUAGCAAAUAGAUGGCUUAAUGAGAAUGGCAAAUCAUUAAACAACGUCACAUAUCCAAACAGAAUCCAUUUGGAAGAUAUCAGCCAAAAUGUGCUACUCUACAUGACUGAAAAGCUUGGCUAUAAGAACAGUGAUGUGAUCAAUACUAUCCUCUCUAACAGAGCUUGCCACACUCUUGCCAUCUAUGUCUUGCUUAAUAAGAAGUUGGAACAGUAUUUGGCAGGCCUUCAAAAGGCAGACAUUCCUGAAAAUGUGUACAUGAACCAACUAUGUCAGAUAGAAAAAUCCAAAUCAAAUAAGGAUUCCUAUGAGGACAAAAGGGUCAAAGAGCAAGAAACAAAAGAAGAGCUUCUUCACCCACUUCUGAAGAAAUCUGAGAAAAAUCCUUCUUCCUACAAAGAGCCUUCAGCUAGUCUUAUGACACAGAUACAAAAUGCCAAGGCUCUGCUGAAUGAUCGCAAAGCUACCCAGGGCAGUGCUCCAGAAAAAAAUUCUCCUGGUGGUCUGAGUCCUUUCCAUGAAUCAGCAACAGCCAAAACAGGUUGUGUCACCUCUUAUUCUUUGGAAUACUUGGAAAUCCAACAUCCUGUUCCAAGAACUCCAAGGCUUUCAAAGCGACAAGAGUCCCCUCAACAAGAACCUUCAAGCCCUGGGAACCAGAAUUUGGAUUCUCCUUUAAUUUUGAACAUUGUACAUUCUUUUGAAACUGGUGAUAGAGAGGACCAAAUAGAUCAACUGUCUCCUACUCACCAGUAUCGGAUCCUAAACUCACCAGUAAAUUUUGGACGCAGAAGCUCCAGUGAAAGGACAUUGUCUCCACUCUUCCAGCCUGGAGGCACUUCACCUAGUCCUACUAAAAGUCCAGUUCACCCCACUCAACUGUCUUUCACAUAUGAUGAAAAGACCAGUUCUUUUAGAGAGGAAGCUGUGUCUCCAACCCAACUAAACAACAUCUCUAACCCCCUGGGGAGCCCUAACUGUGUGAAAAGCAGAGGCCGAUUCCCCAUGAUGGGUAUUGGACAGAUGAUGCGGAAACGGAAUCAGUCAGUAGGAUCACCCACCGAGAAGACGUUGGAAGCAAGAAUGCCUCAGUUGCAGCAAAUGAGCCCAACUCAAAUUUCCUUCAACAUAAUGGACCCCAUAAAUGGCCAGUGUUGA